AUGGCUUGGGCGUUGGAGAACCCUCAAGCACGAGAGCUCGCUCCUCCUCCGGUAUUUAGCACUCUCGAGUCUUUACAGAACGCCGUGGACCAUACACAUCCGGAAGAGUGGUACCCGACAGCUCGCAUGCUACGACGAAAAAUUCAUAUGCACGUCGGACCGACGAAUAGUGGGAAAACACAUAAUGCACUACGUGCACUCGCUGCGUCGAGACGUGGUGUCUACGCCUCGCCUCUCCGACUCCUCGCUUACGAAAUCUUCGAUCGACUCAAUAAUGGUCGAAUUGUUCCUCUCGGUGCUGAUCCGUCUGCUCCACCCGAAACGUUCAAGCGACUAUGUAAUCUCGUCACCGGAGAAGAGGUCCGCAUGAUCUCCGAGGACGCUAAUCUACUAAGCUGUACAGUGGAGAUGAUUGAUACGAGCAAACGAUACGAAGUCGCUGUCGUAGAUGAAAUCCAAAUGCUUUCUGAUCCAGAACGUGGCGGAGCUUGGACAGCUGCAGUUCUGGGGUUACACGCAGAGGAAAUCCAUCUCUGUGGAGAAGCAGGGGCAGUUCCACUUGUUCAAGAAAUGCUUAAGGACGUCGGGGACGAGCUCAUAGUACAUCGUUACGAGCGUCUUACACCUCUCACAGUCGCUUCUAAAUCCCUCAAGGGAGACCUAACAAAGAUCCAAAAGGGUGACUGUGUGGUCUCGUUCUCUCGGAGUAUGCUAUUCAGCUUGAAAGAGCAGAUAGAAGAAGCGACGGGUAUGCGAUGUGCGAUUAUUUAUGGACGUUUGCCUCCUGAAGUACGGAGUGAACAAGCCGAACGAUUCAACGACCCUGAUUCGGGGUAUGACGUGCUCGUUGGGAGCGAUGCCAUAGGCAUGGGUCUGAACUUGAAAAUCAAACGCAUAGUCUUCGAAAGCUCCCAAAAAUGGGACGGAACGAACCAACGCGCCCUCUCCCUCUCCCAACUCAAACAAAUCGCAGGCCGAGCAGGCCGUUUCGGCAUGCACGGCACAGACACCGACCCAGGUGGAGUCGUCACAACCAUACACGAACGAGACCUCCCAACAGUCCGCAAAGCCGUCGAAUCCCGCUCCGUACCCGUCUCAAAACGCGCGAUCUUACCAACAACACAAAACAUGUUCCACUCUCUCGAACAACUCGUCCGUCCACAAAAACAAAAACAAACUAAAUUCAGUGCUGUUUUUGAUAUUCUUCGGAGUACGGCGAGACUUGCGCCUUGUUAUGCGUUACGAGAUUUGGGGAAGAUGGCGGAGGAUGUUGUACCUGUGAUUGAUACGUAUUGUAAAGAUUUUACGCUUGAGGAGAGGUUGAGAGUUUUUUUGGCACCUGUGAUUUGGAGAGAUGGAGCGGUGAAGAUGGCUGCGAAGAGGUUUAUUAAUUCGUAUAGGAAGGAGAUGCAUGUUAAGCUGUUUGAAUGUCUUCGUGGGGUUGGGCUACUUGAAGCGCGGGACUUUGUACGAGAUGCACGGGCGAAGGAAGCUUCAUCCAAAUCCUCCUCCUCCUCCUCCUCCUCCUCCUCUGAGGGUGUUCCGCCAUUGAAGAUCGACACGCUGUUGAAGUUGGAGUCGUUGUAUAGGGUUGUGGUGGUGUAUAUGUGGUUUAGUUUGAGGUUGCCGUUGGCGUUUCCUGAGAGGGAGAGGGCUGUGAAGUUGAAAGAGGAGGUGGAGGAGGGGAUUGAGUGGACGUUGCAGAGGAUGCAGGCGAUGGCUAUGCAGGGGAGGGUCGAGGAUGACGAGGAGGGGCUCGGAGAGAGCGAGAGUGAGGAGAAGGACGUUUUGGAUGAUGAAAUUAUGGAAGAACAGCUGGAGGAUGAAUAUGAAGAUGAAGAUGAAGAUGGCGAUGAGGAUGAAAGUGGGGAUGAAGCAGUUGUUGUGAGGUCGAGGUCUAAGGAGGCAUCUGGAGUAGCGUUCACAGUAUAA